UUUUCCUGAAACUCUGAGUAUGUUAACCCUGAGAAGAGGGAUACUCUGAGUUUUCCGUUCCGGAAAGAGAGUGAACUCAACUGUUAGGUCAGUUACCAUAGUAACUGACUCUGUGAACCUAACCUGCUCACUGGCAGGUUUUCUUCAAGAAACCCUGAGUUUCUCCUACAUGUCUCCGCAUUUUUAACUCUCUCCCGGUUGCCAUGGUGAAUCGUAGUAUCGGAGCUCCAUUGAUGAUGGCUUUGUAGAGUCGGCAGGCAUGCGCUUAACUCAGAGUUUACAUACUCAGAGUUGAUUGAACUAAUUCAGAACAGCUGUUCUGGAAUGGAAAACUCAAGAGUUGCCCAUCUCAGAGUUGGUUGACUCAUAUUUCAGGGUUAGGUUCAGAGUUGGUUGAGCGUGCUUUCUGGAACGGGCCCCAGGAGGAGAAGCUCUGUCUCUAUUGUGGCGACCCAAACCACAUGGUCGCGAGCUGCCCAUGCAGAAUUUAAUUUCCGAGAACUUUAUUAUUUUUUUUGCUGAGGCUUUGAAGCGAACAGAGACUGAGCCGCCAUGAACACUAUUCCUGUACUGUUAUGUUAGCGUUCAGGGUUUCAUAAAGGAGACUGAGCCGUCCCCAUGAACGUGUUAUUGUUAUUAUUAUAUUAAGCCAACUUUUUUUUUUUGUUGCUGAGGCGGAGUUCAAGGGUUUCAUUGAAGCGAAUGAGCCGCCAUGAACCCUAGCCUAUUCCUGCGUGUGUUAUUAGCGUUCAGGGUUUCAUGAAGGAGACUGAGCCGUCCCCAUGAACCUUAUUGUUAUUAUUAUUAUUAUUGAUAUUUUUUAUUGUGUGCGUAGUAAAAUUUGUGAAACAACUUUUUGCUUCCAGCUACUCAUUAUUGUGACUGUGAAAUACAUGCCUAUAUUAGUUGCGCAUUUGGUAAAUUCUAGUAGCCUAUAUAAAAAAAUAACAAUUCAAUAUUUGCAUAUUGUAAAAAAAAUAAAUGUAUUUUUCACAAGGUUGAUCAUUUUGAAAUGUAGAAUAAACACAGAGAAAGUAUAUUUAAAUUAAAAAAAUAUUUAAUUGCUUAAGGUGCACAUAGUCAUGGAAAAAAAUAUUAGACCACCCUUGUUUUCCCUUGUUCAUUUUACAACUAAAGGUACUUUUGUUUGGACAAAUAACAACAAAAAUAGCUCAUAAGAGUUUAAUUUAAGAGAUUUUCCAUGGUUUUCUUGAAUAACCCAGCUCUUACAUUAAACUCUUAAAAUGAACCUUUAACUUUGACAGCACUAGUCUAAAAAUAAUAUAGUUUUUAUACAAUGCAGGGAACCGUGUAAUUUCGCAGGCACUUCCGAAGUCAGCUAAGUGACGGGUCCUUCAGGCAGUGUGUUCCCGGUUAUCACAGGCUCACAGCACUAGUUGCGGAGACCGCGGCAUAUCCAGAAGAAUUGACAGGCACCUGCAUUUGAGGAGAACUAAGUAAGUAUACAAACAACACACACACUUAAGCAUUUAUCUUCACUUGUUACAGCAGCGGUCUUCCACAGAGGCUUUAGUGGUUAAACGGCAUAUUUAUGUCCUUAAACAAGUAGUAUCUAUUGAGAUUUUACAUUUAAGUGUCAAAUCUUUAUCUGUUACAGAUUGAUUUAAAUAAUGGAAUAUAGCGUUUGGACCAAGCGACGGCGAAUUAAUGCCAAAGUUCAGGAGCACUUGCGGGUGUUGGAAACUGUGGGGAAAAACGGUCUGUCUAGCUACUGGACCAGAUAAAAUGAGACGGAGAGGUAAUAAAGUCUAUCGGCACGAGGACCUUGGAUUUAUUAAGUAAAGUGGCAACGGUUAUACAGAGUCAUAAAGCGUGAGAAAUCGAAUAUGUCUAAGUCCCUAAUCAGCGCUGAUGGUUCGUCCGGAGCUUCGCCUCCGUGGAAGGUCUGCUUCAGAAGAAGGGGAAUAAGAGUCCCUGUGUGGUACAGUUUUUAUGCUGUAUCCACCUCUCGAUGAGGUGUGUGCGUUUUGAGGUGUGUGUGGUUCUGUGUGUUUUGGCUCCCAGGCCCUGAGAGAGCUUCGUAACAGGGGAGAGUUCCUCGUGUCUCCGGUGUGAUAAAUUAAAACGGGGAGUGCCCCCCUGAAAUGUCUCGUGUGUGAUAAUUUAAUGUGGCUCUCAGGCCCCUGGUGUGGGCAGAGGUAUCUCUUGGUUCCUCCUAACGGGGAAGAGCUCUCAAAAUGUCUCCUGUGUGAUAAAUUAAUGUGGCUCUCCCGUUCUGGAGAUGAUACUGGUGCAUUGUCUGAGUGUCCACCAUCUGCCUGCCUGGGAGAUGGGGCCUUCAGCUCCGGCCUUGACCUGACUAUAUAUUAUCAUGUUUGUGUUGUUGGGUUAGAGCAAGAGUUGACUAUAUUAUAAUGUGUCCAUGUGAUGUGCUCAUCAGGCUAGGGUAGGAGUUAGCUAUAUUUAUAAUGUACAUGUGAUGUACUCAGCAGGUUAUUUUUCCCAACAAAACCUACAAAAAAGACUUCGGGAAUCUGAAUGAGGAGUUGGACUGUCGUGAAAGGGACCAAGAAUCAGAUUCUGAGGAAAGGCGCCAAAUAUCAGAUUCCGAGGAAAGGGACCAAGAUUCAGAUUCCGAGGAAAGGGACCAAGAUUCAGAUUCCGAGGAAAGGGACCAAGAUUCAGAUUAAGACGAAGGAGACCGAGAAUCAGAUACCGAGAUGGUUUAUGAUUAUUGCAGUGAAGCAGAACCUUGCCAGAAUAAUUCAGACAUUGUUGAAGGAUCUGAUCCGUGUAGUGAGCUUAAAGAUAAGUUGGCUGAUUGGGCAGCAAAACGCAAUAUUUCACAUAGUGCCUUGUCAGAACUAUUACCUAUUUUAAGGCAUUGUGGCCUUGACUUGCCAAAAGAUCCAAGAACGCUUAUGUCAACCUCAAAAAACUGUGAGGUCAAAGAAAUGGGAGAUGGAAGCUACUACUAUUUUGGAGUUGCAAAUGCUAUUAUUUCACAGCUAUCUCGUGAAUCACCUCCUGUAGUAGACACUCUAACCCUCCGGGUCAACAUUGAUGGCAUAUCCCUCUCCAAAAGCUCGAAAAAUGAGUUGUGGCCUAUUUUGGCCAAGAUUAAAGAAAUUCCGACAUCUGAUGUAUUUGUCGUUGGGCUCUAUGCAGGCCCCUCAAAGCCCCCUUCUGUUGGUGAAUACUUGAAGGAUUUUAUUCAGGACCUUAAGCUAAUAACUUCCGAGGGUUUUGAUUAUAAUGGGAAACAUUUUAAUGUCGCUCUUCCAGAUGCCUUCAUCUGUGAUGCACCUGCCCGUGCCUUCUUAAAAGGUAUCAAAGGCCAUACAGGCUACAGUGCCUGUGAGCGCUGUGUAGAGCACGGGGUUUAUCUAAAUGGCAAGGUUGUUUUUCCUGACUUGAAUGAACCACUCAGAACUGAUAUAACAUUUAGAAGUAGGUGUGAUGAGGGACAUCACCAUCGUGACUCACCUUUACUAGAGCUGGGAAUAGGGAUGGUUUCAAGUUUUGUACUUGACUACAUGCAUUUAGUUUGCUUGGGAAAUGUUAGGAGACUUAUAAGUCUGUGGAUCCAUGGGCCAUUAAAGUGUCGGCUUUCAUCGUCCACCAUCACAACUAUCUCGAGCCACUUGAAAUCAAUUAGAGAAUAUAUCCCGAGGAAUUUUUCAAGAAAACCACGGUCUCUAAGUGAAUUCAAACAAUGGAAGGCCACUGAAUUUAGGCAGUUUUUGUUGUACACUGGACCUGUGGUCCUGAAAGGACGCCUAUCUACACGGAUGUACAAAAACUUCAUGCUUUUAUCUGUAGCGAUGAGAAUUCUUCUCAGUCCAGCUUUGUGUUCAGAGUAUUGUGACUAUGCUGACAAACUAUUAAAAUGUUAUGUCCAGAACUUUGCAAAGAUAUAUGGACCUGACCAGGUAGUUUACAACACACAUUCUCUUAUACAUCUGGCUGAUGAUGCACGGAGGUUUGGUGCCCUAGACAGUGUUUCGUGUUUCCCAUUUGAAAAUCAUCUCGGGACAUUAAGUAAGUUAGUAAGAAGGCCACACGGCGCUGUUCAACAACUCGUAAGGCGUGUAGGUGAAAAACGUAGGCCUAUCUCCCGAGAGGAAAGGAGGAAUGGCCCGCAACAACCACAUUUAUGUGGUCCUACUCUCCCACAUAUACCGGCUCGUAUGCAGUACAAGAAGUACAGGCAAGGGGGACAAGGGGGACAGAUAUGUCGCACUAACUUUUGAUGCGCAUCAUUUUAAAGCGCAUUAUCUUUUUGAUGGAAAAAGGACUUGUGACUCUAUCGCUCUGUGUGCCAGCUAAAAUUAUCACCUGACAAAUGCAGGUAAAAUUGUUAUUGUUAUAUACGUUGUUAUUGUUAACUUCUCUCUUAAAAUUAGUUUUCGGACAUGUUCAAACUGUCAUGCAUCACAUACCACUCCAUGGACUCUUUGAACAGCUUUUUUUUAGUCCAAAGUCCUGUGUGAGUUAUUGUUGCAUAAUUUAAAUUGUUAAAAUAAAUUCCUCCUUUGGGACAGUAAUUCACUGCUUAAGUCUGUGUGUUUGUGGGUAAGUGUGUGUGAUGAAACACACUUUAUUAUUAAUCUUUAUGCAGGGUUCCCGCGGGGUCUUAAAAAGUCUUAAAAGCAUUGAAUUUAUGAAUUUGGAAAUAAUACCUUAAAAUAGGGCUGCUCGAUUAUGGGAAAAAUCAUAAUCACGAUUAUUUUGGUCAAUAUUGAUAUCACGAUUAUUCAAACGAUUAUUUUUGAGUUUGAAAACAUGCAUUUAUUGACACAAUCAAUUAUGACAUAGAAACACGUGUAAGUAUCCAAAAUAAAACCUUUUUCGUGUGUAAGUGUACUGUCUGCCACAACAUUCUGAAUCUAACAUUUGAUUUUUAUAAAACAUUUCAUGAAUACAAUAUAUUCAGCCAAAUGCACUGACGAAUGACUCGACUGAAAUAAUACAUUCCCUAUUUAAUGUCUAGAGAACAACGGUCCCAGCAUUUCUCCAUAGCAAAGUUAAAAGUCACAAAGCCAUAACAAACACAUGGCCAGUGAUGUUGAUCGGUUUUCAAUGUAGUGAGUCCCCGGGACCCACAGGUGGCGAGUUGGGUGGGUCCCUGAGAAAUUCAAUGGGUCCCGACUCCCCAGUUUAAAAAAUGUGUUUCUUUUUUAUUAUUAUUCUAUUUCUUAAAUUAAAUUAAUAGUGUUAAACUCCUUGAUGGUGGUAUGAUAUGGUUAGAGCUGGAGUACUCAACCGUUCAUGUUUAACACUAGAAACGCCGGGCCAUUUUUACUUACUCCUAGCGCCGCAAGAGGGGUCAAAUGACCCCUAAGUCAUUUUAAUGAGAGGCUGUGCAUUUGCACAUAAUGAUCACUAGGUGGCGCCAAUGAGCUAUUACCGCGCGAGCGCCACAUUUGUGUGUGUGUGUGUGUGUGUGUGUCACAAGCCUAGUCCUCACGAUUUCACAUAAAUGUACAUAUAUUCAAUCAGAAGGAUUGCAAAAAAAUCCUGUUUGAUUUGCUCAUUUGACACGAAUGAGCACAGCAUCGAGCAGUGGAAACGUGGGUUUAUUUACUAUGAAGUUCGUAUUUUUAAUUGUUGAAAUGAAAUCAGCGGUGACGAGCUAGUUGUUUUGGUAGCGGCUAAAUUAGCAUGUUGCGAUACUUUGUACAGGGGAUCACGUCUGCGCCGAGUAGAUGCGCAGAGGGUUGAAACAGCGCUUGUCCGAUCUGCUCACAAGAAGGUUUCUUUGGCCAGUUACUGUGAUUAAACACGAGUUGUUUAAUGUUCACUAUGUAUCGUUUUUCAUGGGGAAAAUGAGAUGCGUCCCCGGGACGCAUGGAUAGUGAGUUUAGUGCGUCCUUUCAGAUUUGAAUGCGUCAGGGACGCAGGACGCGUACCUAGCAACAUCACUGCAUGGCUAGUCUCGCAAAGCCAGACCAAACUACAGCAAGUAGAAUGCAUGGCUAAUAAAAAUCAUAUUGUUGUUAAACAGAAAUACAUAUACAAGAUGUACUUGGCAGUUCUGCCUUAAAGAACUCUUAGUUAAAGUCUGCUAUAGGAGCUUGUUAUCGUUCAUCAAACUAACGUUACUGAAACUUUAUUAUUCCACACGUUAGGUCUACUUCCAACAUGUCUGUCAACAGUCGAUGCUGCUGAUUGGCGGUUCACCGGCAUGUACCGCCUCCUGCCAACGGCAUACUUCCUGAUGCAGCACGCCUGUUAGAUUGUACUCCCUCUCGCCGCGUUGAAUGCUUUCGCAUGCGCGUCUCUUUCAUAAACUUUCAUAAACUCUCUAGGCCUACUGUAAAACGGAAAAUGUCAAAUUAAUCGUUUCAACUCGAUUAUACGAGUUUGGAGAUCGUUUGACCCCAAAAUCGAUAUCGCGAUCGAAAUUCGAUUAAUUGCACAGCCCUACCUUAAAAAGACUUGAAAGCCUUGAAUUUUGACAUCUGUGUCUUAAAAAAUCUGCAGUAUAACUUCUCUGUAUCGCAUUCUCCUCAAAAGUUUCAUUUCGUCAACCACUAUUAUUCUGAUUAAAUAACGUAGCCUAAAUGACUUGCGCGGCGGUUGCCAUGCCGUAAUUCCGACACCUCAUUGUUCCGACGUCUCAAUGUUCCGAAAUAUUUCCCAUUAGAUCGACAUGCCACUAUUCUGACGGUUCAAUGUUCCGAAAACGAAACCCAUUGGUCCGAAGGUCCGUUAGUCCG